GUAACUGGCGCCGCGGGGGCUGUCCUCCCGGUAUAUAUACGAGCGGGACGUCGGCGGCUGCGUGUCCUCGUGAACUCGCACGUCUCUGAAGGAAACAUGAAGCUCGUGGCGAUCUUGGCCCUGGUAGGCGCCGUGUGCGCAGUGCCCGUCGAGGACACGGCGGAGGUGGCGAAGGCCAAGGCCGAGUUCCAGACUUCGACCUGGACGGCGCCCUCUCCACCUACAGCGGCUACCUCUCCACCGUCAACGGAAAGCUCUCGCCCUUCUUCACGAACUCCUACCCCUACGGAGCCUUCGGCCUCCACGCCCCUGUCGUUGCUGGCGCCCCUCUCGCCUACAGCGGCCUCCACGGCUUCCCCGGCACCCCUCUCGCCUACAGCGGCCUCCACGGCUUCCCCGGCGCCUUCGGCUUCCCCGGCGCCUACGGCUUCCCCGGCGUCGUCGGCUCCCCCUUCGUGAAGGUCGUCAAGGCCGAGUAGACGGCCGGACGCCUCCCGUGUGAGAGUUUUGCACAGUGUAUGCAACGCGUCUUUCAUUCCUCCAACUUUCCGAAGUGUAUUUCACAAAGUACACUUACUGAACUAAACACGAACAAUAAACGAUUAACUUGUA